CUCCCUCUCUCUCUCUCUCUCUCUCUCUCUCUGGUUCGCUCGACUCGUCCACUUGUUCUCCCGUGAUUAGAAGAAACCUUCGUUCGAUUCUUGGAGCCCUCUUAAACCCUAACCCUCCACCUCCUCCAAGCUUCUUCUUCUUCUUCUUCGUGUUCUAGGAUCUUCGCCUCUUCUCCCGCGGGCGUUCGCCCGCGCCCGUCGCUUCUUGAAUAUUGGGUUUCGGCGAUUAAGGGGCGAUCGGGGAAGCCGUUGUUUGGUGAUCGGAUGACGGUGGGGAGUUGAUCGGAGAUGGAGGAGAGUGGGAGUAGCAAGGAGGACGAUCCUCCGCCGUGGAGGCCCCCCGGAGGGGCGUUCCGUCCUUACAAUGCGUCCGAGUCUUCCUCCGCCGUCGACGCGCCGGCCAAAUCCGGCACCGGAAAGACGCCCUUCGUAGAAAGAUUAACCAAAGGCAUACUUGAGACUUUCCAAAUGUGCAACCCAAAUUUCAAACAUUUGGAGGUCUUGAAUCCUAAGCAUUUCUUUACAAAUCCGUCUGAUGGAAUACAAAACAAUGGCCAUGACAAUGCAAAUUCAGAUCUUAUUCUGUAUACUGACUGUGUAUUAGUCAACCUGGAAUCAAAACGAAGGUAUGUUGUCAAAGAUAUGCUGGGUCAAGGUACAUUUGGACAAGUUGCCAAGUGCUGGAAUAUGGAAACCAAAAAUUAUGUUGCCGUCAAAGUCAUAAAAAAUCAUCCAGCUUAUUAUCGGCAGGGUCUGAUUGAGGUUGCAAUAGUGGACAUGCUGAACCAGAAGUUUGAUCCUGAUGAUCAGUAUCAUAUUGUCCGGAUUCUUGAUCAUUUUGUACACCAGAAUCAUCUAUGCAUUACUUUUGAACUGCUUGGCUCAAACCUGUUUGAGCUUAUAAAACCAAAGCAUCCUAGGGGUUUGUCCUUGAACAACAUCCAAAUGUUCUCACAACAGAUAUUGCAAGCAUUGGUUGUCAUGAAAGACGCCGGUAUUAUACAUUGUGACUUAAAGCCAGAAAAUAUAUUAGUGUCUUCCAGCGUGCAGCCUCUAAUAAUUAAAGUUAUUGAUUUUGGUUCAGCAUGCCUGGAGGGCAAAACAUGUUACACAUACAUUCAGGUCUUUCAUAUCCUAGCUUCUUUAUCCUGGAGUCGCCAUUACAGAUCUCCAGAAGUUCUUCUUGGUCAUCAAUAUAAUGCUGCCAUCGACAUGUGGUCCUUUGGAUGCAUUAUUGCUGAGCUAUUUUUAGGAGUGCCUUUAUUUCCUGCAGUCUCAGAAUACGAUCUCCUUAAGCGGAUGAUAGAGACACUCGGUGCACAGCCGCCUGAUAGUUUGCUUAGGGAUGCCAAAAAAACAAACCAGUUCUUUAAGCAUGUUGGAAGUACGUACUGCAUGGAGAGCGAGGGAGUUACAACUGCUUUCCGAGUUUUAACAGAGGAAGAGUAUGAAGAAAGAGAAUCAAAAAGGCCGGCUAUCGGUAAACUGAAGUUCAAAUAUGUAAAGCUUGAAGAUCUGAUUGCAAAUUACCCUUACAGCAAAAAUAUGUCCAAAGAAGAAAUCCGGAAAGAAAGUUUUAGCCGCGUGGCAUUGGUUGAUUUUUUGCGGGGCCUUCUUGAGCUUGAUCCGGAGAGACGUUGGUCACCAUUGCAGGCUUUGCAUCAUCCAUUUAUCACUGGUGAGCUCUUGACAUGUCCAUAUGAACCUCCUUCAGAGACACGGAGAAAACCCAUCUUUGAUGCUGUCACGGUGGAUCAUAAUCCAGGAUGGGGUCACUGGCUAGCUAAUGGCCUUUCACCUCAGGUUGUUGCUAUGAACAAAAGUAUACCACAAAAUAGCCCUCACUUGUCAAAGGUGCCCCUUUCUUAUGGUAGUAGCUAUAGCAGCCUUGGAAGUUAUGGGAGUUGUAUCGAUAAUACUGGUCUCAGGAGCAGCUACAAUGGGAUGAAUAGUGGACCCAUAUAUUCUUCACCAUUAGGCCCACGGGGGCCCCUUAAGCGUGCACAAGCUGGAGGAUAUUUUCCUGGACCUAUUCCGGAUGCUAGACGAAUGCCUUGGAUGUUAAAUCCUGGAAGUUUAGGGCAAAUGUCUCUUGGAGCUAGCCCGUUACAGUUCUCUCCCCCAAGCUCCCAAAUGCACGUCUCCACUGUAUCACAAGGAAGCUAUGGUCCCACUUCUCCUAGAGGGUUCCAAGGUUCAUAUCUGAGAAAAUCAGCUGUGGUAGGCCAAUACAACGUAACAAAAAAUUGGGGUUCGCCAACAAUGUCUAUGCAUAAUGAAAUCAUGUCAGAUUGUGGACCAGGACACUGUGAUAAUGGAUUUCAAGGACAUGUUGGCUCUCCUUACAGUGUACAUUCAACCUCCACUCAUUUCAGUAGGAGGCAACCGGAAGGUGGGGACAGUAGCUUAUCUUCAGGUGCUUCAACCAGUUACAGAUCAUUCCCUGAAGAUUCACAUGACGAAAAUGCUCCACAUACAUUGGAUGUUUCAUAUGAUAAAUUAGAAGGCAGUUCAUCAGCUCCUGGUCCGGCAGAUUGGGAUCCCAAUUAUAGUGAUGAUUAUCUUUUGCAAGAGGAUAAUUCAGAAGUGAACUCCCUCUGUUUUUCGUUUAGUAAUGACAUGCAGCUUGGUAACCAUACUGGGACUACAAUUACAACUCCUGGAGCUGGCAGGGCUGAUUAUGGUCAACAGCAGCCUUAUACGAACUCAAAUCUCACAUCAUUAAAUCAAAGAGCAGAGAACCUGCUUCAAGCAUAUUCGUUUGGUGGCAGUAACCUUUGCACUGCUCAUUCCCAAUAUUUUCAGCCAAUCUUACCUGACCGAUUUGGGCAGCAAUCUGUUCAGUGGUUUGGUCUUGUGGAUUCUGCUUCUAUGCAUGGUCAUCAAAUUGGUCAGCAGGCCUGGCCAAAUCACAAUAUGGCGUAUUCAGAUUUUUUUCACCAAUCAUACGGUGCAGAGCAAUGGCAUGUCUUAGGGAGGAAUUGCUGGACAUUCCAUUCCAAUGACGUUACCCCGAACCCAUGGUGAUUAUGGAAGGAUCACUUGAUGCAAAAAGCUGGUCCUGCUGGAGGGGGGGAAAACAAAAAAAUCUAGUUAUUGGCAAUGAAAUUUGUGUUUGCUGUUUCUGGUUUUCUUACGCUUUGCAGCUACAGAAAAUCCUCGUUUGGAUUUUCUUAUAGGUCCCCAUUUUGAUCUUUGUUUUGGCAACUGUUAGUAAUACAAAUUCUAUAUUUAUUGGAUCUUUGUGCUUACAGGCUGAUCUUUCUGCCGCUUUUUCUUGAGAAAUUGGUUCUGUUCUGUUUUUCCCUUA